CAAACCACGAUAAGUUAAUAAUUAAUACUACAGGGAACCACGAUAUUGAAAAAGGAAAAAUCACGCGCGCGUGCCUCUGCCUCUCUCUGUCUUCAAGACUUCAAACUUCACACCAUGGCGCAAUCAUGGAUCAGUUCCACGACUAAUCGUCAUCAACCACGUGUGCUUCCAUCUCCGUCUUCUAUUUUCGCCGCCGCCGAUGGAUUCUCAAGACUUCGCUGUUCACAUCUACCUUGAUCCGGAAUUGUUUCCAUCAAUCUCAUUGUUGCUCCCAAAGAAUUUUUGGCUAAGCUGAGCUGAGCUGAGCUUCUUAUUUUCUUUAAUUUUUAGUUAUCCAAUUUCUAAUCCAACUAUUGCUCCAAACACCAAGUAAGAUUGAGAUUUUAAAAUCCAAGUCAGUCAUCGAUGCCAAUCCAUUCCAGUCAGGGAAAAGGUGGAAGGGAGAAUUUGCUACUUGCAUACAAGACACUGGGAGUAGUGUUUGGAGGACUUGUUACAUCCCCACUGUAUGUGUACCCUUCCAUGCCACUCAAGUCUCCGACCGAAGAUGACUAUUUGGGCAUUUACAGCAUUAUGUUUUGGACUCUUACCCUCAUUGGGGUUGUCAAAUAUGCUGGCAUUGCUCUCAAAGCCGAUGAUCAAGGCGAAGGUGGGACUUUUGCCUUGUAUUCAUUACUUUGCAGGAAUAUGAAUAUUGGAAUCCUCUCUUCAAAUCCAAACUCAAGUCUUUCACACUCUAUCUAUGAUGAGGGCAUUGAAAAUCAGAGUAGGCUUGCAAAAAUUUUCAAGAAAAGUAUAGUUGCUAGAAGGUUAUUGCUUUUUAUUGCCAUGUUAGGCAUGUGCAUGGUUAUUGGAGAUGGCAUUCUUACACCUGCAAUAUCUGUUUUGUCAGCAAUGGAUGGAGUAAGGGCACCUUUUCCAUCUAUCAAAUCAUCUGUUGUGGAAGCGCUUUCUGCAGUAGUCCUUAUCCUUCUUUUUUUAUUACAAAAGUUUGGUACAUCUCGAGUGAGCUUCCUAUUUUCCCCCAUUAUGGGUGCAUGGACUUUGAGUACCCCGCUCGUAGGAAUUUAUAGCAUCAUAAGUCAUUAUCCAAGCAUAUUCAAGGCCAUAUCACCACACUAUAUCUUCCGUUUCUUUUGGAGAAACGGUAAGGAAGGCUGGUUGUUGCUUAGUGGAACUGUCCUUUGCAUCACAGGGUCCGAGGCAUUGUUUGCAGAUCUUGGUCAUUUCAACCGAAGCUCCAUUCAGAUAGCUUUCUUGUUUACCAUCUAUCCUUCUCUGGUUCUGACAUAUGCGGGGCAGACAGCAUACCUGAUCAAGAAUCCAAAUGAUCAUAAUGAUGGAUUCUAUAAGUUUAUACCAACUACUAUCUACUGGCCUAUCUUUAUCAUAUCUACAUUAGCUGCAAUAGUUGCAAGCCAGUCUCUGAUAUCAGCCACGUUUUCGGUAAUCAAGCAAUCUGUAGUACUUGAUUAUUUCCCUCGAGUGAAGGUUGUGCACACAUCCCCUAGCAAAGAAGGCGAGGUUUACUCCCCUGAAGUCAAUUACAUUCUCAUGGUUCUCUGUGUUGCUGUCAUACUUAUAUUUGGGGAUGGAAAAGACAUAGGAAAUGCAUUUGGUGUUGUUGUCAGCUUAGUCAUGCUCAUCACCACAGUAUUACUAACACUGGUAAUGGUCAUAAUAUGGAGAACACCACCGGUGCUGGUGGCUCUCUACUUCUCUAUCUUCUUUGUGAUGGAAGGCGUUUAUGUGAGUGCAGUGUUCACCAAGAUCACUGAAGGUGGAUGGAUUCCUUUUGCCAUAUCUUUUAUCCUUGCCUUCAUUAUGUUCGGUUGGUACUAUGGAAGACAAAGGAAGAUAGAGUACGAGUUGACUCACAAAAUAACCCUAGACAAACUUGGACUGCUAUUAUCUGAUCCCAGUGUUCAAAGGGUUCCUGGAUUCUGCUUGUUUUACUCCAACAUUCAAGAUGGGCUUACUCCGAUUCUCGGACACUAUAUUAAAAACAUGAAAUCCCUUCACCAGGUCACCGUGUUCACUACUCUUCGAUACUUAUUGGUUCCUAAGGUUGCUCCUCAUGAGAGGAUUGUUAUCUGCAAACUUGGCCUGAAAGGGGUUUAUGGGUGUGUUAUUCAGUAUGGCUACGCAGAUCCCCUAAACCUCGAAGGAGAAGAUUUUGUCAGCCAAGUUACAAAUAGUUUGCUGGCACAUAUACAGGACAGCUCGGGCUGUCGGCCAUCUGAUCCUGCAGAGAUCCAACAAGAGAUGUCUAAUUUGGAAGAAGCAAUGAGUGCUGGAAUAGUUCAUAUUCGAGGAAAGACAAGGUUUUAUAUUGGCAAGAGUUGUGGCUGGUUUGAUAAAAUUAUGCUCGCAUUUUAUGAAGUUCUGCACAGUAACUGUAGGUCUGCUCUGCCUGCUCUUGGGGUGCCACUACCUCAGCGUAUCGAGGUUGGAAUGCUCUAUGAGGCUUGAAGAAUGGUUUCAUUCUGCUUCAUAUCACCCUGUCAUGGUUCAAGUGAUACAGAAGUAGAUACAUGAAAGAAGAUGCAAGCAUAAUUAAGCAUUAGUUUCACGAUAGAGGGCCGAAUUAGAGAAUAUUCCAUAUAGCAAUGGAAAAUUUAAACACCUUUGAUAAUUGAUGAGCUCCAUAGUCCCAUAA